AUGAAUCAAAAAAAAUUAGAUCAGGCAAUCUAUUAUCUAAAAUACAUCAAUGUUUUUGUUAAACCAGUUGAUUUGUUCCUUCUUAAAUAAGGAGGACAUAGAACUUUGUUAGGCACAUUUAUGACUUUGGGAAUCAUUUCGGUACUUUUAAUCUAAUUUAUCAAUAUCGUUUCAUCAUUUGUAUUACAUGAUAAUCCUACCUUAUUAACUAACUAAUCAUAUUCAUAAUAACAACCACCAAUAUAUUUAUCAAAAGAAAAUUUCACAAUUACUAUUAGUUCUUUAAAUUAUGAUCUAGGAGAUUCAUAUAAUAUUUCUAUGACUUUAGUUAGUCAAUUAUUUGAAGAUAAAACAAAUUCAAAGAUGACUACUAAUAUAAAAAAAACAAAUAUUCCUCUAAUAAAAUGUUAAUAACAAUAAGGACUUCCAGAUUAUUUUGUCAACACUUCUCUAAUUCAAUAUUGUAUAGAUUGGGAGUCAGUUCCAUAUGUAAUUAUAGAAGGUAGUUUAGAUUCAGAUUAUUAUAAGUAUAUAGAAGUUUCUAUUAAUCAAUGCGAAGAAACGUAAUUUUAUUAAAUAAUUUAAAUAGCAGUAAAUGUCCAUUCAUUGAAAGUGAUGAAAUAAUCAUCAAAACAUUAUCAACAUAUGCUGACACUAUGAAUUUUAAUCAACCUCAUCAAUUAUAUGGCAAGACAUUUAAAAAUGUUAUCAAUUAAUAUUAUACUAAAAGAUUUAAUGGAAUAUUUCAAAUAACAGAGGUCAAAUAAGAUCAUGGAUACAUUUUAUAAGAAUUAGAAACUACUAAAUCUCUUUCAAUAAAUAAUUUAUAUGAAAACUUUGAUUCAUAAGAUGAAAAAGUAUAUGCGACAUAUCGUUUCUAUUUAGAUAAUUUAACAUAAAUUUAUCAAAUUUCAUAUCCUAAAAUUCAAUAAAGUCUAAGUGACUUUGGUGGUUUAUGUGAAAUCUUCAUUUUAGCUGCAUUAUUUAUUGUAACUCCAUUAAAUGAAUUAUCAUAUAAAGUUACUCUCUUGAAUGAAUUAUUUAAUUUUAAUUUAAACAAUUAAAUAUAAAAUGGAUAAUAAUAAUAAAAGAUACAUCCAAGUAAUACUGCUAAAUAAAGAUUAAAAUCAAUUCAAUUAAAAACAUCAUAAUUAGAAAGAAUAAAUCGAUAAAUGACAGUAAAUGGUAGAAAUUCUGAGAAGAAUGACCAUAAAUUUUUAAUUAAUGCUUUAUAGGAUAGUAUUAAGAGAUUCUUUGAUGAGAGAAAUAGUAAAUUAGAAUUAUCUUUUUGUGAUUACAUUCCUUGUGCAAGAGGUAAAAAAUAAUAAUUAAUUUCAUAUUCAAUGAGUAAAAUUAAUAAUUCACUUGAUAUAACUUAUAUAGUUAAGAAAUUAUAAGAAAUUGAUAAAUUAAAAAUGAUAUUAUUGUCUCCAGAUCAAAUCAAAUUAUUUGAUUUCCUACCAAAACCUAAUAUAGAUUUAAAUUCAAAUGAUAAGCAAUCUUAUUUUUCUAUUUUAAAACCUGAAUAAUCAGAACUAGAAAAGGCUAUUGAGGCAUAAGCAGCAUUCAAUAAUCUUGCUAAAUUUAAAGAUGAUCAAAUUAAUUAACAUUUAGUUGAAUUUUUGGAUGAUGAUAUUAUUUAAUUAUUUAGAAUAAACAUGAAAAAAGAAGUCAAAAGUUUAACUAACUUUUCUCCUGUUACAUAGACACAUUUUUUAUCUGACCUUCCAAGUAGAAUGCCAUAAAUAGAAUAAUAGGAUGAUUCAGAUUCUGAAUCUUCUCCAUCAAUCAAAUCUAUUUAAAAAUUAGAUUAAUGA